UGUUCAACUUCAACGACACGUUCGAGAUUCACGAUGACAUUGAGGUGCUCAAGCGCAUGGGCUUGGCGCUCGGUCUCGAGAACGGCACGUGUCGCGAGGAGGACGUCGAGAAGGCCAAGGCCAUGGUGCCGCCCUCCCUGGCGCCCUAUAUAGACCAGUUGGCGCGGGACGGCAGCCAGUCGGAACGGCUGAGCGUCGACCUGGAGACGGCGCUCUCGACGCGUGGCCUCGGCAGCGGCACGUCCACGACCUCGGAGCGUGGCGACUCCGUCACGCCCAGCAUCGACUUCGACACCGACGACGACGAGGAGGAGGACGACGAGGACGACGACGACGAGGAGGAGCACUGAGUGCGCGUACAAACGAGGGGCGGGCGGGCCCCGGCGGGCGGAGCCAAGAGGCGCCGGCCGCGCAGUCAGGCUGGCGCGGGCG